CCCGUGGGCUCCGUGGGGGCACGGCCCGGUGCUGCGCGGAUGGCCCUGCUCCCACGGCCCGCGUUCGCCCUCGUCCUCCUCCUCUUCCUGCCCGCCGCUCUCAGGUGCCAGGAGCAGCCCCAGACCACGGACUGGCGGGCCACCCUGAAGACCAUACGGAACGGCGUUCACAAGAUAGACACGUACCUGAACGCCGCCUUGGACCUCCUGGGAGGCGAGGAUGGGCUCUGCCAGUAUAAGUGCAAUGACGGAUCUAAGCCCUUCCCGCGUUAUGGUUAUAAACCCUCCCCGCCGAAUGGAUGUGGCUCUCCACUGUUUGGUGUUCACCUUAAUAUUGGCAUCCCUUCCCUGACAAAGUGCUGCAACCAACACGACAGGUGCUAUGAGACCUGUGGCAAAAGCAAGAACGACUGUGAUGAGGAGUUCCAGUACUGCCUCUCUAAGAUCUGCCAGGAUGUGCAGAAGACACUAGGACUGGCUCAGCACGUUCAGGCCUGUGAAACCACAGUGGAGCUCUUGUUUGACAGCGUUAUACAUUUAGGCUGCAAACCAUACCUGGACAACCAAGGAGCCGCAUGUAGGUGUCGCUAUGAAGAAAAAAGUGAUCUUUAAAGAUGAUGCUGACAGUUGGUGACAGCAGAUAAGGACAAAAGACUAUAGCCUUUGACAAAGAACUACUGUUUUUACAGCAUAAAGCUGCCUUAUUUUUGUGAAAGGAUUAUUUUAAGACUUUAUUUUGACAUUAAAACUUCAAACUAAAGGAAAAAGUGGGGGAGGUGAUCUUCCUGGACGUUGCUGCCUUAGUGUACCAAAUUGUCUUGACCAAUCUCAGAAAGAGGUGCAUGUUAAGGGGAGAAUAUUUUAAAAGGAGGAGUCUGUAACUCAGUUUUCACAACUGUAUUUACCAAAACAAUGAAGUCAAAUGUAAAAUUGAUUACAAGGUAUGUUGAACAUUAUCUUAUUUG